AUGAAAUUUUAUAGUAUUGAGUUGUUUCUCGGAUUCAUCAUCUUGUCAUGUCAAGUGCACCGAUACGAUAGCAUUUCACCGGAUAGAAUAUAUAUAUCAAGGCGAGAAGCAUACACGGAUCCUGGCCAUGAGAUUAUAGAACUACUCGGAAGCAGGAGGGAUGGAAAUUAUGGACAUCGAAUUCAUCACGGACUUACGGUCCCCUAUGUUGAGAGAGCGCAAUAUCUUCGAUCUGAAGACGACUCAUUGCUAGCUAAGAAACUGUACCUGACAAACGACGGAGAAAUAAUUGAAAUACCUCCACAUAUUGGUCCUAAAGUAAAUUUCGCUGACAUUGAUAAAUUGGUGCUAGAUCGACUAAAAGAAGAGGAUCGAAAUUUCCUAGAAGCAAAUCUGACACCAGCUGAAAGACAGGCUCUUCUGAUCAAAGUGCAAACUGAAGGGGAGAAUUUUUCCCUGAAUGAAAACCGAUUUGGAGGUUACCUAAAAAACCUUGCCUCUGAUGUCGGUGCUGGCGCAGCCGGUUUUAUUGGCAAUAAGUUAGCCGGUCCUCUUGGUGCUCAGCUAGGAGUAGCCAUGGGAAGUUACCUUGUAUUCGCAAUGACCGAAUUGUUGGGAAACAUCAAAGGGAAAAUUCGAGGGACUUCAGUCACAAGUAACGGAACCACUACGAGUGUUAGGACCGUUACAAUGGAUAACCGAAGAAAAAUAAACAGAUACAUUUAA